GCAGCACUGUACCCAGCUACCUCCGGCCCGAGGGCUGUCAGGGCACCCAGACUUCCGGGUCUGCUGGGGGGUGGGGUGGGCGGGUAACAUGUGAGCCCAGCUAGGCUCCCCUCCUGCCCGCCCUCCUUCUUCCCUUCCUCCUGUCCGCUGUGCCUGCCCAGCCUCUCCAAAGAGGGACAGUUGGCACCAUGUCUCUGCUCAACCCCGUCCUGCUGCCCCCCAAGGUGAAGGCCUAUCUGAGCCAAGGGGAGCGCUUCAUCAAAUGGGAUGAUGAAACAACAAUAGCCUCCCCGGUUAUCCUCCGUGUGGACCCCAAGGGCUACUACUUAUACUGGACGUAUCAGAGUAAGGAGAUGGAGUUUCUGGAUAUCACCAGCAUCCGGGACACCCGCUUUGGGAAGUUUGCCAAGAUGCCCAAGAGCCAGAAGCUCCGAGAAGUCUUCAACAUGGACUUUCCCGACAACAGCUUCCUGCUGAAGACACUGACUGUGGUGUCCGGCCCAGACAUGGUGGACCUCACCUUCCAUAACUUCGUCUCCUACAAGGAGAAUGUGGGCAAGGCCUGGGCUGAAGAUGUCCUGGCUCUGGCCAAGCAUCCGCUCACAGCCAACGCCUGCCGUAGCACCUUCCUGGACAAGAUCCUGGUGAAGCUCAGGAUGCAGCUCAACCCUGAAGGGAAGAUUCCUGUGAAGAAUUUUUUCCAGAUGUUUCCUGCUGACCGCAAGCGGGUGGAAGCUGCUCUCAGCGCCUGCCACCUCCCCAAAGGCAAGAAUGAUGCCAUCAAUCCCGAGGACUUCCCAGAAUCCGUCUAUAGGAGUUUCCUCAUGAGCCUCUGUCCUCGGCCUGAAAUAGACGAGAUCUUCACUUCCUACCACUCCAAGGCCAAACCCUACAUGACCAAGGAACACCUGACCAAAUUCAUCAACCAGAAACAGCGCGACUCCAGGCUGAACUCCCUACUGUUUCCGCCAGCGCGGCCUGACCAGGUGCAGGGCCUCAUCGACAAGUACGAACCCAGCGGCAUCAACGUGCAGAGGGGCCAGCUGUCCCCCGAGGGCAUGGUGUGGUUUCUCUGUGGGCCAGAGAACAGCGUGCUGGUCCAGGACAAGCUGCUGCUGCAUCAGGACAUGACGCAGCCACUCAACCAUUACUUCAUCAACUCGUCACACAACACCUACCUGACAGCUGGCCAGUUCUCAGGCCUUUCCUCGGCCGAGAUGUACCGCCAGGUGCUGCUGGCUGGCUGCCGCUGCGUGGAGCUGGACUGUUGGAAGGGAAAGCCCCCUGAUGAGGAGCCCAUUAUCACUCACGGCUUCACCAUGACCACAGACAUCUAUUUCAAGGAAGCAAUCGAAGCUAUUGCAGAGAGUGCCUUUAAGACCUCCCCUUAUCCGGUCAUCCUGUCAUUUGAAAACCACGUGGACUCACCCCGCCAACAGGCGAAGAUGGCCGAGUACUGCCGGACGCUAUUUGGGGAUAUGCUGCUCACAGAGCCCCUGGAAAAGUUCCCACUGAAACCAGGUAUCCCCCUGCCCAGCCCUGAGGAUCUCCGGGGUAAGAUCCUCAUCAAGAACAAGAAGAACCAGUUCUCUGGCCCCACGGACCCCAGCAAGGAGCCGGGUGGGGAGGCUGAGGGUGGCGGUCCACCCAGUGCCCCUGUGGGUGAGGACACGGUGCUGAUGGAGCCCUGUGUGGCAGCGUGGGCUGGUGAGGAAGGGGCUGAGCUGGAGGAGGAGGUGGACGAGGAAGAGGAGGAGGAGUCGGGAAACCUGGAUGAGGAAGGGAUAAAGAAGAUGCAGUCAGAUGAGGGCACAGCGGGCCUGGAAGUGACGGCUUAUGAGGAGAUGUCCAGCCUUGUCAAUUACAUCCAGCCCACCAAGUUCAUCUCCUUUGAGUUCUCUGCCCAGAAGAACCGAAGUUAUGUCAUCUCCUCCUUCACAGAGCUCAAGGCCUACGACCUGCUCUCCAAGGCCUCAGUGCAGUUCGUGGACUACAACAAGCGCCAAAUGAGCCGCAUCUACCCCAAGGGCACCCGCAUGGACUCCUCCAACUACAUGCCCCAGAUGUUCUGGAAUGCUGGUUGCCAGAUGGUUGCCCUCAACUUCCAGACGAUGGACCUGCCCAUGCAGCAGAACAUGGCGCUCUUUGAGUUCAACGGGCAGAGCGGCUACCUCCUCAAGCAUGAGUUCAUGCGUCGGCUGGACAAGCAGUUCAACCCCUUCUCGGUGGACCGCAUCGAUGUGGUGGUGGCCACCACCCUUUCUAUUACGGUGAUAUCUGGGCAGUUCCUGUCAGAACGCAGUGUGCGCACCUAUGUGGAAGUGGAGCUGUUUGGCCUGCCUGGGGACCCCAAGAGGCGCUAUCGCACCAAGCUGUCACCCAGUACCAACUCCAUCAAUCCCGUCUGGAAGGAGGAGCCCUUUGUCUUUGAGAAGAUCUUGAUGCCCGAGCUGGCUUCCCUCAGGGUGGCUGUGAUGGAGGAAGGCAACAAGUUUCUUGGACAUCGCAUCAUUCCUGUCAAUGCCUUGAAUUCUGGAUACCACCACAUGUGCCUGCACAGCGAAAGCAACAUGCCCCUCACCAUGCCUGCACUCUUUGUCUUCCUGGAGAUGAAGGACUAUGUACCUGACACCUGGGCAGAUCUCACGGUGGCCCUCGCCAAUCCCAUCAAGUUCUUCAAUGCCCAUGAUAAGAAGGCUGUGAAACUCAAGGAAGCCAUGGGAGGUCUACCUGAGAAUCCCUUCCCUCUCGGGAGUCCGGUUGCCCGCCAGGUCAAUGGGGCAUUGGCCCCAACGAGCAACGGGUCAGCAGCAGCUGGGGCCAAGGCCAGCGAAGAGGUCACCAAAGAAGCUGCGGAGCCGCGGACCGCCAGCCUGGAGGAGCUGCGGGAGCUGAAGGGCGUCGUGAAGCUGCAGCGGCGGCACGAGAAGGAGCUUCGGGAGCUGGAGCGGCGCGGCGCGCGGCGCUGGGAGGAGCUGCUGCAGCGGGGCGCGGCACAGCUGGCCGAGCUCGCGCCGCCAGGUGCGGGGGGCGGCGGCGGGUGCCGUGGCCGCAAAGUCGUUCCGGGCAAGGGCUCCCGCAAGAAAAGGACCCUGCCGGGCGAGGACACCGCCGGGUUGGAGCCGGCUGAGGGCCCGGAGGGCGCGGACGCGCGCCUGAGAGAGCUGAGAGAGAGGCUGGAGCAGGAGCUGCUACAGCAAGGAGAGGAGCAGUGCGAGUGCGUCCUGAAGCGCAAGGAGCAGCACGUGGCCGAGCAAAUGACCAAGAUGAUGGAGCUGGCCAGAGAGAAACAGGCUGCAGAGCUGAAGACCCUCAAGGAGACCCUGGAGACUGACACCAAAGAGAUGAAGAAAAAGCUGGAGGCCAAAAGGCUAGAGAGGAUCCAGGCCAUGAUCAAGGUCACUACAGACAAAAUGGCUCAGGAGAGGUUGAAAAGAGAGAUCAACAACUCCCACAUCCAGGAGGUGGUGCAGGUCAUCAAGCAGAUGACAGAGAAUCUGGAGAGGCAUCAGGAGAAGCUAGAAGAGAAGCAGGCAGCCUGCCUGGAACAGAUCCGAGAUAUGGAAAAGCAGUUCCAGCAGGAGUUGCUGGCAGAGUACGAGGACAGGAUGAAGGGUCUGGAGGCGGAAGUGAAGGAGUCAGUGAGGUCCUGCCUCAGGGCCUGCUUCCCCUGGGAGGAGGACAAGGCUGAGAGGCCCUGUGGGGUUCCCACAGAGCUGUGUGAGCAGGACCCACUCACGGAGAAGGCAGACACCCAGGAGCACCACCUCUGAUACCCCCACCCCACUGGGACAUUGUGCAAGAGCAUUCAUCUUUCUCUGGGAUGUGGCUCCAUCUCCCCUGGAGGAAAAGGCCCGGGCACACUGAGGCUGCAGGCAGCUGGGGCUCCCUUGGAUGCCAGAGCCCCUUCCUCACAGCCAGGCUAAGGAGAAGGCAGGAACCAGAUGUCAUCUGGGGCCCACUUGGGGCCUAGGGGUCCUCUCAAGCUGAGCUCCUGCUCUUCAUCUGAAUAAGCAUCAUAUUUGUUGAGGUCAAAAGAAUAUGGACUGGGAGUUCCCACUGUGACUCAGUGGUAAUGAGCCCAACUAGUAUCCAUGAAGAUGUGGGUUCAAUCCCUGGCCUCACUCAGUGGGUUAAAGAUACGGUGUUGCCGUGAGCUGUGGUGUAGGCUUACAGCUGCAGCACCAAUUCGACCCCUAGCCUGGGAACUUCCUUAUGCUGUGGGUGUAGCUCUAAAAAGCAAAAAAAAAAAAAAAAAAAAAAAAAAAAAAAAAAAAAAAAAAAAGAAGAAUAUGGACUGGGAGGCAGGAAAUGGGGAUCUCGCCCCACUUUGCCUUUCUGAGUGUGCCGUUCUGUGCUGAGCUUCCUCGCCUGGAGAGUUAGGCCUGAAGACCUGGAACCUUAACUCUAGCAUCUGUAGUACAAGCAUCUCUUGGUCCAAACUCCAAAUCCUCCUGCUCUAAGGCAGGCAGCUCACCCCGGCUUCUUGACCCCAUCACAGGCUUGCGAUGAGUUGGCCUCCUUGUCAGCUGUGUGAUACAGAGACUGACACUACCUUCCAGCUCCCUGAGGACAGUUGCUCCCGCAAUGCAUGUGGGAUGGGAGGCUGUGAUGGAAAAGCUGCCUCAGCUGAGCAGCCUGGGGCUGGGGGUGAGGGAAGAAGGAUGCCUUUUGUGCUCUCUCAGGCCCAGAGCCUGACCCACCCCUUUUCCUAGACCUGGGGUUGGGGUGGGAGGUACUUCCCUACCUGUGCUCCCACUCAGGCUGCUUGACAAGGUCAGCACCAUUUUCUCUCCUGACUUUAUGAAGUUUAUUUAUUUUUGUCUUUCUUACUCCUACUAAAGAGCUCUGUCUCAAGAUUUCCUGCCUAAACAUGGCACCUGCUCUAUAGCUAAGAAAUGAGGGGCAACAGAGCAGAGUGCCCCCCCAACCAUGAAGUGAGCUGGGGGAAAAAAAUCCUUGAGAGCUGACUAGACUUGAGGUCCCUUCUAGAGCCCAGUGGAAUGAGCCUGCCUCUGGGCUUGAAGAGGAUUCACUUCCCCUCUGCCAGCCCUGAGGCCACAACCACUGGAAAAUGAUGUCACUCUUCCGGGCCAUUCCCCACCACAAGUGGCCUUUUCUUGUCUCCACCCUCAGGGCUGAAGCAGAAGAGCCUCAUGCAAAGGUGGCCCCACCCUUUUGGGGGAGUCACAAGGCUUCAGGCCACCUGCACCCCUUUAGGCAGACUUAAAGGGGCUGGAUUCUCAGGCCCCUGUGGCAGUUAUGGUUGACCCCAGCACGCACUGUAGAGAGGCUUCUGGGGAGCUGUUCACUGCAUCUGUGGCGGCAUGGUCCCAAAUCCUAAAGGAGGACAGACACUGGCCUGGGAGAGGCUGGGUGGGGGUUGAUUCUGGGAAGAGGUGGUUUUUUUUUUAUCAGAGAGUUCUAGCAAAUGCCAUUAGCCCUGAGCACCUGGGCCUUCAGAAAAUAAACAGGAGCUCCCUCCCCCAUUCCUCUGGGAUGCUAGCAGCCCCUGGAUACAGGGUGAGGCUAGGGGACCUGCUCAUUCACAGAAGUAAGGCCUGUCACUGAUCAGCCUGCACGCAGCUGAGGGUGGGACACCUCCACCCCAGGGCAGUGCCCAGUCUUCAGUCCUCCAGCUGGGCACUCAGCUGCCCCGUCUCCUCCCAAGCCAGGGGUAGAGAGGGAUGAGGACCCAGGCCUAGAGUAGCUCACUGACCUGGGCAUGGGGGCAUGAGCUAGUGCCAGCGCCAAAUUGGCCCCACUGGGCAGCCCCUGGCUUUGGCCAGUGACUGCUCCAGGGGAGGCAAAUGCCUUCCCUUCAUCCUGUAGCCAGGCUGGGCAGGGUCUCUGGGCCUCCAGUUUGGAGCUGGGAAGCCCAGAAUUCGGAAGGGGAUGCAAUCCUGCCUCUGGAUUGCACAGCAGGCUGGGCUUCCUAGGAGGCCAGGGCAAACACCAACCUCCCUGCUGUCUGUCCCCUGGAAAAAGGUAGGGCGCCCCUGGGAAAAUUCCAUAGCCCUUGGGCCCUGGAAGUGAGUUAAUCUCUGGCCGCAGGUGGUGUGCAGAGGAAGAGUUGAUGCCCUCCCUCAGGGCGCUGGGGCAAGGGAUGGGCACUGGGUUCUGUCCCCUGCUGCAGAUUCUGUGGGGCUGGGGCCAGGUUCCCUAUCCACUAAGUUUCACUUUUGCACAGAGAGCAGAGCCCCUACCCCCUUCCCAAUCCCACCUGCCGACUCAGAUGCGAGAGUCCCCUGCUGACUCACCCUCCCCUCUGCGCACCCCCCAACACCAGCUCUCUGGAUCUCCCAGCCACGUGCCACCAGGCCCAACCCUGAUGAGCUGGUGCAACGUGACAGGGUGAGGGGGCUGGUGACACUUGAGGAAGAAAGGAGGGGGCCGGGCGGGGCGGGUGGGGGUUGCUGCAGACAGAGUGACAGACUGCAGACCCAAGCCGCCUCUGGGGGGAGGCCCUUUUGCCAGCCCCGGGGCCUGCAGUGGGGGAGGCUCAGCAGGUGGGAGGGGAGGGGCGUGUGGAGUGCCUGCCUGCCCCCUGCCUGCCUCGGCUGCAUCUCCUGUCAGCCUUCAGCUCUCUAAGCGACAGCUUCUAAUUCCGGCUGUUGGUGCCUCUGUGCUCCGCAGCAGAGUCGCAGCUUUUUUUCAUCUUUGCUAUUUCUUUUCUGCUCAGAACAUAUUGAGCCCACAGGCAAGUCAGAGCAAAGGCUCCAGGGCCUGAGACCUGGCAAUACCCCCUGCUCCCCACCCCCCCCACAGGUCAGCCAGGCCAGGACUGGGAUGGCACUGCUAGCUGGAGCAACAGAAAGGGCUGCUCCUUCCAAAGAGGACCCUGCAAGAGGACCCAGCCUGGCACCCUCUUACAGACCAGGUCCUGCCCCAGCUCCUCUUCUUCCCUGCACUGUCUCUAUCCGCCACAGAAAACAGGGACAUCAGUGAGGCUGAGAUGUCUCUGGGAGGCUCAGGGAGGAGGGGCAUGGCUCUUUGGGACCAGUGCCCCCUUCCAUGUUCCUGCUGCUUCUCUCCUCCACCUGGAGGUGUCACUGCCUGGCUUGUCAGGCUGGCCUGCCACACACAGAUUCCUAGGGCGCCCCCUCCCCUAGCCCUGGAAACAGUAAGAAAGGAAGAAAGAAAUUUCCUUCAUGCUACAAAAAAGGGAAAUUGAGUCACAAAAGAAAGAAAGCCUUCUCUUCUACUACCUGAGUAAACAGGGAGAACGUUUCUACAUCCUUCCUGGAGUUGGAGAAUCUAUACCCAUCCUGGGUGACACUGAGGAGGGACUUCCAGGUCUGGGAGUGGGAUUGGGCUUUUUGAGCUCUGAAAAACUGUGCAGCUCUUUUCCUGACACUCUCCAGCUUGCUGUUGCGUGCAGUCAGCAGGGCUGGUGUUAUGGGUUUCCUUUUGCAGAUGAGAGAAUGCAGGCCUGGAGCCACACUGCUAGUAAAUUCCUUCAAACUAGGACUUAA